GGCGCUCUCCGUCUCCAGUGGGUAGUAGUAAGCGCUAGUUGUUGGUAGGUGCACGCACCCCACCUCCUCCCCCACCCCUGCCGUCCUCGAUCUCGUCUCCUCCUCCUCCCCACCCAAACCCUCGCGGCGGGCGGGGGAGGAAGCGGGCGAGCGAUGGCGGCGCUGGAGGCGGCGAGGGCGUGGGCGGCGUCCGUCAUCCCGCCGGAGCUUGCCGCCGCCGCGGGGGGAGACCCGCUCGCCGCGCUGGCGGCCACCGCCGCGGCCCUCGUCGCGGGGCUGCUUAUCCUCGCCGUAUGGUUCCGAUCCGGGAACGGGGCGCCGGCCAAGCCCGCCCCCACGCCGGUACGGCCGCCGCCGGUGAAAAUCGACGCCGACGCGGACGUGGACGACGGGCGGAAGCGCGUCACCAUCUUCUUCGGCACGCAGACCGGCACCGCAGAGGGUUUCGCCAAGUCCAUGGCGGAGGAGGCGAGGGCGCGGUACGAGAAGGCCGUGUUCAAAGUGGUGGAUCUGGAUGACUAUGCUCAGGAGGAUGAGGAGUACGAGGAGAAGCUCAAGAAGGAAACCGUAGUGCUCUUCUUCUUAGCAACAUAUGGGGACGGAGAGCCUACUGAUAAUGCAGCUAGAUUCUAUAAAUGGUUCACUGAGGGGAAAGAGAAGGAAGUUUGGCUGAAGGAUCUUAAAUUUGGUGUCUUUGGCCUUGGGAACAGGCAGUAUGAACAUUUUAAUAAGGUUGCAAAGGUGGUGGAUGAGCUGCUACAGGAGCAGGGUGGGAAACGUCUUGUUCCUGUUGGCCUUGGAGAUGAUGAUCAGUGCAUUGAGGACGACUUCACCGCAUGGAAAGAACUAGUGUGGCCAGAGUUAGACCAAUUGCUCCGGGAUGAGGAUGACACAACUGGUGCAUCGACUCCUUAUACUGCUGCUAUUCCUGAAUACAGAGUUGUUUUCAUUGAUAGAUCUGACCUGUCAUUCCAAGAUAGAUCUUGGACACUAGCCAAUGGUACUGGUGUUAUUGAUAUUCACCACCCUUGCAGGUCUAAUGUUGCUGUUCGAAAGGAGCUCCAUAAACCAGCUUCAGAUCGCUCUUGUAUUCAUCUGGAGUUUGAUAUUUCUGGCACUGGGGUUGUGUAUGAAACUGGAGAUCAUGUCGGUGUAUAUUCGGAAAAUUCUGUUGAGACCGUGGAGGAAGCUGAAAAGCUACUCGACCUUUCUCCAGAUACAGUCUUCACUAUCCAUGCAGAUGCAGAAGAUGGAUCUCCUCGUAGAGGAGGAGGUUCCUUGGCCCCACCUUUCCCAUCUCCAUGUACCUUGCGGACUGCGCUUUUACGUUAUGCUGAUCUACUCAAUCCACCAAAGAAGGCUGCUUUGCUUGCUUUAGCUUCUCACGCUUCUGAUCCAGCUGAAGCUGAACGACUUAGAUUCUUGGCUUCUCCUGCUGGAAAGGAUGAGUAUUCUCAAUGGAUAACUGCUAGUCAGAGGAGCCUUCUUGAAGUUAUGGCUGCAUUCCCUUCAGCUAAGCCACCGCUGGGAGUGUUUUUCGCAGCUAUAGCUCCUCGUCUGCAACCUCGAUACUACUCAAUAUCUUCAUCUCCAAAGAUGGCUCCCUCCAGAAUUCAUGUAACAUGCGCAUUAGUUUAUGGUCCUUCACCCACAGGAAGGAUCCACCAAGGAGUUUGUUCGACAUGGAUGAAGAAUACAAUUCCGUUGGAAUACAGCGAAGAAUGCAGCUGGGCUCCUAUCUUUGUGAGGCAGUCAAAUUUCAAGUUACCAGCUGAUCCGUCCACUCCAAUCAUCAUGAUUGGUCCUGGGACUGGGCUGGCACCAUUUAGAGGCUUCUUGCAGGAAAGGUUAGCUCUGAAACAAUCUGGAGUGGAACUGGGCACUUCAAUUCUCUUCUUUGGAUGCAGGAACUGUAAUGUGGACUACAUAUAUGAAGAUGAGUUGCAAAAUUUCCUUCAGGAAGGGGCACUUUCUGAGCUAAUUGUUGCCUUUUCUCGUGAAGGACCAACGAAAGAAUAUGUGCAGCACAAGAUGGUAGAGAAGGCCACAGAAAUUUGGAAUAUCAUCUCACAGGGUGGUUACUUGUAUGUAUGUGGUGAUGCCAAGGGAAUGGCUAGAGAUGUUCAUAGAGUGCUGCAUACUAUAGUCCAAGAGCAGGGAUCUUUGGAUAGCUCCAAAACUGAGAGCUACGUAAAGAGCCUGCAGAUGGAAGGCAGGUACCUUCGUGAUGUAUGGUGACACAUCACACAAAUCUGCCAUAGCUCUAGCGCGCGGGAGUAAAGCUGGCUUGCGUGUAUGAAAUGGUGAAUGCCAACCCGAUUGCCAGUUUUCGAAAUGAAGCGUACCAUUGAUUAGAAUUUGUAAUGAGUUGAUCCGUGUAAUUCUUUGACAUCUAACAUGGUCCUGAUAUAUUUAUUAUAUGGAUGGUGGACACUGGGGAGAAUAAGUGCUGUUGUAGGUUUGUAGAACUUGAAAUUGGUAUAUCCCCAUUAAGAUUGUAGCAAUGGGGAUAAAUCAUACAGUUUGAGAUGAGGACAUUAUGUAUACAGUUUGAGAUGAGGACAUUAUGUAUACUACAUUAGAAGACCACCGAAAACAAAUUUUGCUUCUGGUUUUAUAAAGAUAAUUGUUUACUGCUAUUA